AUGCGGAUUCGCCACAUCGAGGUGAGGGAGAGAUUCGUCGGGCCCCUGUGGCAUUGUAUCGCGCCCAAGCCGAGGCAGGAUGUCGUCUCCCGAGACGUAGGCUACACGCUCAACGACACUCGUUUGGGCCUAAAUGCAUCCUUCAAAGAGGCAGUCAAGAAAGUCAAUUUCACGAGCGCGGAUCCGAGGCCAUUUGUCUUGACGCCCGCCAAGUUCACCGAGUCAUCUUCCGCGCUGACGGCACUCGCUGCAACAGCUGCCAAUGUCAUCGCAUCAGAGCGCUAUCACAUCGACUACCAGGAUGUCGAAGUCAACACCGACCUUGCAACACUAUUCCUGGGCUCGAUACUGCUGCCGAUGGUUGGCGGCAAGUCCUUCAUGCAGCAUGAACAGCUUGGAAAGGAGUUGGCUGCCAUGGACAUCCACGACAGCUCAACGCAAAUCCAUCGGUAUGCAACAAAUGUGUACAAGACCAAGGAUGCUAGAUGGUAUCAUCUCCACGGAUCCAUGAAUGCCAAACCAGCGAUGGCCAUGCUCGGAAUCGAGGAAUACGACGUUACGGCGGAUGAAGCUUUCAUGAUUUACUCUGAAAAGGUCGCGCAGUGGGAUUCUCAAGAGAUUGAGCGGGUGGCGAACGACCAAUACCGUCAAGCUGGCGUUGUCUGCUUCACUCCAGAAGAGUUCCACGCCAGCGAGCAAGGCAGAGCCAUGGCCGAAAAGCCGCUGUGGUCAGUGACACCGGUCCCCGCACCUCGCAAGACCUGGCCUCGUCCCGAGGGCGACAAAGACCUCAAACCACUUGCCGGGAUCAAAGUCCUGGACUUGUCCCGAGUCAUAGCCGCGCCAGCGGUCUCGAAAAUCCUGGCCGUUCUCGGCGCCGAGGUCCUACGUGUGUCCUGCGACGCGUUGCCGGAGUACGCAGCUACCAUGGUCGAUUUGCAAACCGGCAAGAGGGACACAAACCUGAACCUGAAGACGGAUGACGGCAGAACCAAGCUCAGGGAACUGGUCAAGGAUGCAGACUUACUUGUCGAUGGAUUCCGGCCAACGGCACUCGCGAAACUUGGUUUCAGCACCGAGGUGCUGAGGGCGCUGAACCCAAGCUUGAUCUAUAUGCGGGAGAAUUGCUACGUAUUUGACGGCCCCCUGGCCGGACUGUCAGGAUGUCAGCAGAUCAGUGACUGCUUGGUAGGCCUCGCACAUAUGCAAGGGAAGUUCCUCGGGCUGGAUGAACCGGUUGUCCCACUCCUGCCAAACUCUGAUUAUCAGACUGGGCUCGUUGGUGCUGUCGCUGCAAUGCAAGCACUGCAUGCCAGGACAACGGAGGACAAGACCUUUGACAUUGACAUCAGCCUGACCCAGUACAACAUCUGGCUUACUCGUCUCGGGUUCUAUUCUGCGCAACAACAGCAGGAGCUCAGGGCAGGGGAUCCCUCGUUUGGUCCCCGUCACUUCGAUGACAUGGCCGUCUUAGUGCAAAAGAGUUUUGGGUCAUUCCAGAAAGUGCGCCCUGACCUGUUCACUCGGCCAGACUUCUUUUGGCCCAUGAGCGGGGCUGAGUAUGGCUUGAAGGAAGACAUUCAUGUGUUAGCACCUGCAUUCGAGUUUUCGUCGUCCAAGUUCGAAUGGUCGACUCCGUCAGGGAGGCGGGGACGUUCGGCGCCCCAUUGGUUGGACCACGAAUCGGUGUCUCGUCUAUAA